CAUCAGCGCUGACGCAUCGCUCUGCCAAACACACUGACUUACAUUCAGGGCGAAAACGCAUCAAUUGCAUCAAUUCACCAGAUCGGAAUAACGAUGCCAGAACUGUGGAGGUCGUCAUUUUGCCUGUCUGGAGUUCUUUUUAUAACCUUUCUUUCCCUGGGGACCGCAAGCUCCUCAUCAGUCAGUCAUCAGAUGUCUCCUGAUCUCAUCCAUCCUCCACAAAUCAGGAGCAAAGCGCAGAGACACAGACACCAGAGCAGCUCGACACGAACACAGAUAGAUGUGAAAGGGCCCAACGUUUGUGGCACCAGGUGCUGUUAUUCAUGGCUGGCCAAUCCCAAAACCAAACAAUGCACAAAACCAAGAUGUCAUCCGCGAUGCCAUAAUAAAGCAGUUUGUCGCCGGCCGAACAUCUGUCAGUGUCGUCUGGGCUUCCACGGCCAUCGCUGUGAACAUGCAAACGUCACACCGACCAUGAGCACCUGGUUCGAAGCACAUCCUGGUCCCACGGUACCCUCAACCUCUACCAUGGCAACAGUUGCUAUGGUAACGCCCGCAUCCACCACCAUCCAUGGCAACAGCUCCACAUCUGCCUCCAGUGAUGCCAGUUCAGAUACAAGAAAGACAUAUUCAUUACACUGGCAGCCACCCAGUUUAAAAGAGGCCCAGUCGGUCUUGUUAAAAAAAGCUCUGUCCAGUGGAACCGGUGGAGAGAAGAUCACAAGUGUUAUACUGAAGUACAUUGAAUCAGAGCGAAGAAGACUGGAGUCUUCAUCCUCUACCGGAGCAACAAAAAUCUCCAGCACCAAAACCUUCCACACUCAACGCGGCCAGUUCACCCUCAUCUACACCGCAGCCGUGGCUCAGCAGCGCUCCGCCGUCGUCCGCGGGGGUUCGGAGCGGAUCAAAGUGCUCUUCACCCCCACCAUCUGCAGGCUGCGCUGCACGCAGGGACGCUGCACCAACUACUGCGAGCGUGGAAAUGUCACCACUCUCUACAACAGCGAGCAGGCAGGACAGACGCCGCCUGGAUCCGGCUUCAGAGUGUUCGUGUGUCCGAUGUUGUGUAAGAACGGAGGAGUGUGCGUACAGAAGGAUCAAUGUCUCUGCCCGCCCAACUUCACUGGGAAGUUCUGCCACAUCCCCGUCUCCACCAAUCACAUCGAGAGACCGGCGACGAGUGCUGUGGAUUCAGCCAAUCAGCCGAUGACGUCUGAGUACAUACUGCCUCUGCAGACGCCUGAGCAGGUCAACACCAAUGCGUCCCCGAUGGUGAAGGUGCGAGUCCAGCAUCCUCCAGAGGCCAGUGUGAAGAUCCACCAGGUCUUAAAGGUGGGCUUCGGCCCCACCAUCCACGAGCACUCAGAAACCGUGACCUGGUCCGCGGGGCUCUCAGGGGCCCGUCCUCACCAGCUGCCGGGAGAGAGAGCCGAGGCGGCGCUGCCGAGGGUUCAAGCCCAGACUAUACGCGGGGAUUCAGUCUACACCGAGACGUCCGGCUUCAAAUACUGCUUCAGAGAAGUGCGCAACGGAAAGUGCAGUUCUCCGUUACCUGGUCUGAGGAGUCAGGAGAUGUGCUGCAGGGGUGUUGGGAAGGCCUGGGGCAUCAACGAAUGCACGCUCUGUCCCGCAGUCUUAGGAAACACUGUUAAUGGACAGGGAAGCUGCCCGAAAGGCUUCGAGAGGGUCAACGGGACGCAGUGUGUGGAUAUUAACGAGUGUUUGCAGCCGGGUUUCUGUGAAAAUGGGAACUGUGUUAACACCCGAGGGAGCUACAGUUGUGUCUGCAAAGAGGGCUACUUGUUGGACGCCUCUCAUGGGAUCUGCAUCUCACAGAAGGUGAUCUCCUCGGAGAAGGACCAGUGUUUCCGUAUCCUGAACCAGGGCUCCUGUUCUCUGCCCAUCCUGAGGAACAUCACCAAACAGAUCUGCUGCUGCAGUCGAGUGGGCAAAGCCUGGGGGAAGAAGUGUGAGUUAUGCCCGUACUUCGGCUCAGCCGCCUUCAAAGAGAUCUGUCCUGCGGGACCGGGUUACCAUUAUUCGGCUUCGGCUGUCAAGUUUAACCAGAGGCUAGCUGAGAUGCUUGACACCGGCGGACCGCCUUUGGUGUCCGAAAAUGUCCGUGCAUCCACCCAGGACAUAGCAUCCCAACCUGAAGGCUCCAGGACUCACUCCACAAUCUCACAGUCAACCCGAAUCCAGCAAGCGCCAUAUUCACCGAUCAACACGCAGACCAUCCGAGUCCAGCAGAGUCCUGCGAGACCACAGCAACCUGACACGGGUUCACAGGCCGGCUCGGUUAUCACCAUAACUCAACCAAAACCAAACCUGUCAACGAGCGGCGGCUCUCAAACCACAAACGCCAGACAUCAGCAGCCUUUCAGCAUCCGUCCGUCCGCUCCCAGCCAGCCGGCCAGAGUGAACACACCUGUUGUACGGACGCAAACCAGCCGGCCUUCGGUUAACAGACAGCCAAUAUCUCCCGUCAGACCUCCUCCUGUACCGGCUACAGCCCGACCACUUCCAACUAGACAAGAAACACCAAUGGACACCAAUGUGACACCAAUGGACAUUUACAGGUUUUCAGCAUCUAACUCUAUGUUCACAGCCGCCUUCAAAGAGAUCUGUCCUGCGGGACCGGGUUACCAUUAUUCGGCUUCGGCUGUCAAGUUUAACCAGAGGCUAGCUGAGAUGCUUGACACCGGCGGACCGCCUUUGGUGUCCGAAAAUGUCCGUGCAUCCACCCAGGACAUAGCAUCCCAACCUGAAGGCUCCAGGACUCACUCCACAAUCUCACAGUCAACCCGAAUCCAGCAAGCGCCAUAUUCACCGAUCAACACGCAGACCAUCCGAGUCCAGCAGAGUCCUGCGAGACCACAGCAACCUGACACGGGUUCACAGGCCGGCUCGGUUAUCACCAUAACUCAACCAAAACCAAACCUGUCAACGAGCGGCGGCUCUCAAACCACAAACGCCAGACAUCAGCAGCCUUUCAGCAUCCGUCCGUCCGCUCCCAGCCAGCCGGCCAGAGUGAACACACCUGUUGUACGGACGCAAACCAGCCGGCCUUCGGUUAACAGACAGCCAAUAUCUCCCGUCAGACCUCCUCCUGUACCGGCUACAGCCCGACCACUUCCAACUAGACAAGAUGGCCGAGUGUGUGAAUCGAGACCUCAGGUGUGCGGUUCAGGGCGCUGUAUUGACCUGCCAGGCGGUCGACACACGUGUGUGUGUAACACUGGAUAUAUCCUCAACCCUCAGCAAGGCCACUGCCAAGACAUAGAUGAGUGUGUCGACCCCCUGCGCUGUCCGGGUCAGGAGUGUGUGAACUCUCAGGGCUCUUACAGGUGUGUCUCCUGCAAGCCGGGCUUUGAUCUGCUCAACGGACAAUGUUCAGAUAUUGAUGAAUGUCGUCGGACGCCGUCACCCUGUUCGGACGCGGGCCGCUGUGAAAACACUCCCGGCAGCUACAGAUGCUCGUGUCGAACGGGAUACAGAUCCCAGGCCAACGCCUGCGUGGAUGUGAAUGAGUGUGAAGAUCCGCUGCAGUGUCCCGGACAGGAGUGUGUGAACUCUCAGGGAUCGUAUCGCUGUGUGUCAUGCAGACCCGGAUUUAGCCUUAAAAACAGAGCGUGUUCAGAUAUCGACGAGUGUCGCCAGACUCCUGACGUGUGUGUUAACGGCCGCUGUGAGAAUAACAUGGGCAGCUACAGCUGUGUGUGUCGCGCUGGAUUCAGACUGGAGAGAAACAUCUGCAAAGAUGUGAACGAGUGUGAAAACGAGCUUCAGUGUCCAGGAAAAGAGUGUGUGAACUCUGUCGGCUCCUUCAGGUGUGUCUCCUGUCAGCCGGGCUUCGAGCUUCUUGAGGGCCAAUGCCAAGAUAUAGAUGAAUGUAGGCAAAAGCCCACACGCUGCACUAAUGGCCAGUGCAUGAACACUCCCGGCAGCUUCAGAUGUGUGUGUGAUCUGGGCUUCAAUCUACAGGACGGCACAUGCACGGAUCUGGACGAGUGUCUGGAUGCGCUGCAGUGUCCAGGGCAGCAGUGCCUCAACUCUCCGGGCUCGUAUAAGUGCGUUCCCUGCAGAGACGGACACAGCAUGCAGAACGGACGCUGCUCAGAUAUUGAUGAAUGUGUGAGUCCUCACCUGUGCGGGCCGCAGAGCGUGUGCGUGAACACAGACGGCUCGUACCGCUGCGACUGCUCUCCGGGGUUCAGAGCGGCCGGACCGCGGCGCCAGUGCCGAGACAUUAACGAGUGUCUGGAAGGAGAUUUCUGCUUCCCGAGCGGAGAGUGUGUGAACACGGACGGAUCCUUUAAGUGCGUUUGUGCGCAGGGCUACAAGACCGCCGCUAACGGGACGUCCUGCCAAGAUGUGGACGAGUGUGUUCAGGAGGGAGUUUGUCAGGACGGCCGCUGCAUCAACACUGAGGGAUCGUUUCUGUGCCACUGCCAAACCGGCUUCACCACCAACCCAGAGAGAACAGCCUGCCUGGAUGUGAACGAGUGUCUGGACUCAGAGGGGCUGGUGUGUGGAUCCCAGCGCUGUGAGAACACCAUCGGCUCGUUCCGCUGCGUGGCGUCCUGCGAGCCCGGAUACCACAUCACUGCCUCCGGAGAGUGUGUGGACAUUAACGAGUGCGCUAACGAGACGGUGUGUGGACAUCACGCCUUCUGCCAGAAUCUGAUCGGCACGUAUCAGUGUCUGUGUGACCAGGGCUACGAGUCCACCGCCGACGGACAGAUGUGUGUGGACAUAAACGAGUGUGAGACGAUGCAGGGUGUGUGUGGCUCUGCGCGCUGCUGGAACGUCGAGGGCUCGUUCACGUGCGAGUGUGAGAACGGACAGGAGGAGUUCGACCCGCUCGCAGGCCAGUGUGUGAGCAGAGAGAGUGCAGUGGAAUUCCAGUCGCUGUGUCCCAGCGGAAGAGGGUACAUCACCACCGAAACAGGAGCGUUCAGCUACAAGGAUGUGGAUGAGUGUAAGCUGUUUGACCCGGAGGUGUGUAAAGGCGGCGUGUGUGUCAACAACAUUCCCGGCUACGCCUGUUACUGUCCCAGCGGAUUCUACUACGACACGGAUCUGCUGGAGUGCAUCGAUAAUAAUGAAUGUGAGAGUGAGGAGACCUGCACUGGCGGUCAGUGUGUCAACACACUGGGAACGUUUUACUGUACGUGUGCGCCCCCUCUAGUGCUGGACGACACACAGCGCAACUGUGUCAAUGCAAGCGGCCUCGCUGAGGAUGAGAACUUAAACUUCUGUUGGCGUCACGUCACAGCUAGUCUAGUGUGUCAGAGUCCUUUGUUAGGAGCUCAGCUGACCUUCACUGAGUGCUGCUGUUUGUAUGGUGAGGCCUGGGGUCUGCAGUGUGCCCUCUGCCCCCGCAGAGAUGAAGAGGCCUAUGAGGCUCUGUGUAAUGAGUUCGGUCCUCCUCCUUACUCUCCUCGUUACUACGAGCGCUUCGGCCCGGGGCCCCUGCCUGGAAGAGGAGGGUACCGCCCGCCGUACAGCCCCCCAGAGUACCCCGAGCCCCUGCCAGGACGCCCCGACUACAUAUCCCCUGAUUAUGAUGACUACAAUCCUGUGGGAGCGGGUGGACGGCGAUCCGGGCUGAGAGGCAGAGCCCCCAGCUCAUACGGGCUCCCAGACGCCCCCUACAGGCAGCCGGCCCCGGGUGGAAGUCGUUACUAUGAGGAGGAGGAUGAUUAUGAAACUGCGCCUGGCCCUCCCUUCGGUAUCCCGGAUCCUCGUGGCGAACGAAUGUUCGAUGCACGACCCCUGCCGUCCCGUCCAGACAGGCCUCUGCUCAGUUUGGCCCCGCUUCCGGAAAACUCCCCAUACAGCGAGGGUGAGGGGGAGGAGUCAUGGAGAGCCCCGCCCCCUUUCCCAAUGUUUCCUGACAGACGGGAAGGAGUCUAUGAGCGGAGAUACGAGUCCUACGGGAGUCUGAGUUCAGAAGAGUGUGGCAUAAUCCACGGCUGUGAGAAUGGCCGCUGCAUCCGUGUGGAGGAAGGUUACACGUGCGACUGUUACGACGGCUAUCAGCUGGACAUCACUAGCAUGACGUGCAUAGAUGUGGACGAGUGUGACGAUGAAGACACGCUCGACUGCGUGAACGCUCGCUGCGUGAACACGGAGGGCUCGUACAGGUGCGUGUGUCUCAGGGGCUUCAUUAUGUCCCGAAGACCCAACCACUGCAUCCCGGCUUGAGCGAGGACUGCAUUUAGAGACUUACUAAUUAUUAUUCCCUGUUUCCACCACGUUGCUGUAAAUUGUUGAUUUUAUGACAAUACUUGUGUGUAUAUCCAAAAGUCUAAUAGUGAAGCUUUACACACGAGGCUCAAUACAAUACUGUAACACUGCAAGCCUUCAUGUAUAAUGCAUUAUAAAGGUAUUUGCAAUGCAUGUUGUAAUGCAUUAUAUCUUUACAUAAAUAAUUGUAACCAAAGUUAAAAUGCAUUCUAAUAUUUGAAGGGUUGUUUUUCAUGCAUUAUACUUUUUAAAGGUGUGUUCAGUGAAUAGCUGCAUUAUAAUGUAUUUUAACGGGAUGCAUUACGAAGUGCAUUAAUUAAUGCAUUAAAAAUGUUA